AUGGAGAAAAAUAUUGUAUUUAGAUCUUUAAUCAGUUGUAUAACUAUCGCCGCCGUAAUCAAGUACGUAAAGUGUUCUGAUGAUGAGAAGAAGUCAACAUCGGUACAAAAAAAAUUUCAAUCCCAUGGAUCUAUUAGAGGAUCUCAAUUUGGUGAAUUCGGGUCCUCAUCAACGAUAUCUACGCUGCUAACGUCAAGACAGGCCUCCGUUUCUGCGAAAUCUAUUGAUUCUCUCCUUUUCUUCUCCAGCUUUGGAGAAUCUUCCUCUUCUGAUACGUUGAUCGUAACAGCAGACGAUGAGAGUUUAUCGGAGCGUGUGACAAACGACGCCACCAAAUACGACAAAAGGUGUGCUAGUGACACGUGCGAAUACGUUUUUAACGAAGAAACAAGGUGUGUCGAGGUGAUUCACCAAAGGAAAACGAUAUGGAAAUAUGAUCCUAAUACCUACGGUCAUAAUUUCCCUGAGAGGGUGUUAAUUAACUACUCCUCUAAAGCAUGCUGGGUUUUCUUCGAAAAGGUGUUCUAUAUAUUUAAAUACAGAUGCAAAUGGAAGAUGAUAUAUAAGGACCCCGGAAAGGCGACGAUCCUGGACAUUAAGUCCAGAAUUCACAGUCCAGCAUAUGUUUCAUAUUAUGAUGAAAGCCUACAAAUGAAAACGUUUAUUGCAAACGAGCACGUGCUUUUCAGAGCAGUAACUCAAGGCAACAAUUACGUAUGGAUCGCCGAUAGCCCCUUUGGAUACGCAGAUAAAGUAAUAGUAAGAGGCCUAGGCAGUUCAAGUAAAAAGCUGAUAAUUCAUGUGCUUGACGGACCACAUAAGGAAUUUAAAAAGUUAGGAGGUAUUUUGAGCCUUAAGAACCAGUGGACUGAGAAGGUGGAUGACGUUGAACAGAAAACAUAUGAGGAAUGUGUAUCAUCGAAUCUAAUAAAUCUGGAUAUAAAUACAAAGAAUUCCACAAAUCAGUUCAUCUACACUAGAGAUAAUGAGACUGAUUCUGACGUUUAUGUUCCAAUAGAUGGAUAUUACAUUCAAAAGUGUUUCCACAAGCCCAUAAAGUAUUUGUUCUGGGCAGAAAAAGACUGUAACAGAGAGUCAUCACUGGAUAUUUUGAUUGUAACCUUGAAUGAUGAAGAUGACUUUAAGUUUGACCGUAAUAACACGAGUAAAUAUACUGUCCGUAGGUAUAAUCAUAUCCUACAAUACAGUUUUACUGAAAAUGCCAAGUGUGUGGAAGUAGGAUCGAAAAACAGUGUCAUAUGGAAGCACGAUGCAAAGAAGUUCCCUGAUUAUGUGAAGGAAUUAUUCAACGCAUACCACUCACACUAUAUUUACCAGUAUAACUACGAGUGGUUGGCUAAUAGCUCUAAUGAGAAGAAGCGACUUGUUGAUUCUGAAUUUAGUAUUUUCAGCUUUGACAUUGACUCUGUUAUUAGGGAAAAUGACUAUUCACAUUAUAUUGAGAGUGAAGUUGAUUCGAUGAUAAAGUUGGUUUUUAAACCUGGUGUUAGAUGUGUUGAAUUGAAAUAUGAGAAUAAGAGCAUAUGGCAGCACAUUGAUGAUCCAGAUAAUGGAUAUCCGUUAUCGAUAUAUAUUCAUAAAGUACUGAAGGUUGUGUUCCUUGAAAUGAGCUCUGAUAUAACAAACUUUUAUAGAUUUAGUGAUGGUGAAUGGAAAUUGGAGACAUUAGUCAAGAAUGAAAAUUUCAAGAAAUCACAAAUUAAAGUGAUAACUAAAGAAAACGAUAUAAUUAAAGAGAAUGAUAUAACUAAAUAUGAAGAUGUGUCAUUCGGUUUGAUAACGGCCUUCAGAUUCAAAGGCACAAUUGAUCUUAUUCAAAUUAAGUUUAACAAUAAUGUCAUAUACCACUCCGAAAAUGCCAGCUCAUUGGACUAUCCCAUUUCCAUAUUUUUCCUCAACAAUUCAAAGAAAAGGUUAAUUUGGGAUAAAGAAAAGGGUUACUAUAUGUUUCCUCAAAAGAAAGAACCAAAAUCCCAUAAGUAUAGUAUUGCCCCUAAAAGGAUAGACUAUAGAAGAUCGUAUCAUGGUGAGUCGUUAGAUAAGUACGAUUUUAACCGAGGCAAGGGGAAGUAUAGAGGAAAAUCUCCAGCUGAAGGAGCUAAGGAUUUUGUAUUAAUAGAUAUUGAUGUUUCAGCGAACCAAGGCACAGAGGAGUUUGAAUUGGAAUACAGAUUUGACACUAAAACAAAAAUUUUCACACCAAAGAAAGGUUUCCUGUUUAAAUCAUUUAGAGACGAAGUUGGACUGGUUUGGCUUGCAAACAAUACUAGUGAGCUCUCGGAUAAAAUAUACUUAUUCUUUGACGACCACGCUAAUAAAGAGUUGAUUUACAGGCAAGUGGACGGAUGUAAAAGACAUUUUUAUAAAAAACGCAAGGCGCUGAGAUGGGCACUAGACGAAACAUUCGCUAGGACUUCAGUGGUUCCAAUCUCGGAACAGCCUGAGGAUAUUUCCGUUUUCACAAUAGAUGAUGUGGACCCGUCUAAGUGCAAUAAAAAUGAUUUUAGGAAGUAUCAAUUGCACAAAUAUGGGAAUUUGUAUCAUUACGUCUUUAAUCAAAAUUCUAAAUGUGUAGAAGUAAAGAGUAAAAGAAAGAGUCUGUGGAGAUGUGAAGGGAAUAUGCAUCCUAAAGAAAUGUACAUAGAUUGUUAUAGCAAAAACAUGAUUUUAAACGAUUUUAGGUCACACUAUAUUUACCAGUAUAACUACGAGUGGUUGGCUAAUAGCUCUAAUGAGAAGAAGCGACUUGUUGAUUCUGAAUUUAGUAUUUUCAGCUUUGACAUUGACUCUGUUAUUAGGGAAAAUGACUAUUCACAUUAUAUUGAGAGUGAAGUUGAUUCGAUGAUAAAGUUGGUUUUUAAACCUGGUGUUAGAUGUGUUGAAUUGAAAUAUGAGAAUAAGAGCAUAUGGCAGCACAUUGAUGAUCCAGAUAAUGGAUAUCCGUUAUCGAUAUAUAUUCAUAAAGUACUGAAGGUUGUGUUCCUUGAAAUGAGCUCUGAUAUAACAAACUUUUAUAGAUUUAGUGAUGGUGAAUGGAAAUUGGAGACAUUAGUCAAGAAUGAAAAUUUCAAGAAAUCACAAAUUAAAGUGAUAACUAAAGAAAACGAUAUAAUUAAAGAGAAUGAUAUAACUAAAUAUGAAGAUGUGUCAUUCGGUUUGAUAACGGCCUUCAGAUUUGCAAACACAGUCGACUAUGUUGAAAUAUAUUAUCGCGGAAACCUGUUGUUUAAGAAUUCUAAUACUGACUUUUUAAAUAUCCACUUCCUAGAGGUCUAUUUCUUGUCAUUCUACGGUAGAAUCCUAGUUUGGGAUCACGAUAAGUCAUUUUGUAUAUAUCCGGAUGAGUUGUAA